GUUAUGAUUGAUAUCACUCAUUUGAAUUUAUGUGCAUGUGAUGCAUUUGUUGAUUCAAGAAAUAAGUCACUGGCUGGUCGUUGCACACACACAUAUAUAUACAUCAAACAAAUAAUGAUGAUGGUGAACCAGGAAUCAUUGUAGUUAUUAUUCGGAUUUCGCGUUGUAAACAUUUGUACACAUUUUAUUAGUUCUGACCUUGCAUCGUGACCGAUAAAAGUGUAAUAUACGAAUGCAUUAUAUAUACACGUAUGGAACGAAAUUACUCAAUGAAUAAAUAGUGGAAAAGACAACAAGGAAAAUUCUUUUGUGUUUUUGAGUCAAGUUUAUCUCUAUUGGUGUACGGAGUGACGUCGGUGUUCGGUGAAAGAUUAGACAAAUUAGUAUUAAAAUAAAAUUCACUCAUGUCAAUACCUGUACCAUUCGAUUCGCCUGCCAGGCAUUUGCAAAGAUUUUGGGGUGCAUCUGGUGAUUUCUGGCAAUCACAAUGGGACAAAUUUCUAGACAUAACCGGCGAAGAUCCCUUCACAUUGUGGGUGGUGGGAUCGACAAUUUUUACAAUGUUCGUGUACUGGUUUUUCGGUGCCAUUUACACAUUCAUGGAUUUAACGAACAAGCCGGCAUUUUUGCGCAAAUAUAAAAUUCAGCCUGGUACUAAUGAACCGGUGGACAAGAAACGAUUGACGAAUGUCAUAUCUGUGGUGCUUUUCAACCAAAUAGUGGUUGGAAUACCGAUUGCCAUAAUUAGUUACACAAUUAUGACCUAUCGCGGUUUUACUUCAAUGAGAGAUCUGCCUACAUUUCAUUGGGUAUUACUGGAGCUAGUAGUUUUCAUUUUGAUGGAAGAAAUUGGAUUUUAUUAUUCACACAGGUUACUGCACAGCAAACACAUUUACAAGCAUAUUCACAAACAGCAUCAUGAAUGGACGGCUCCCAUUGCAGUUACGGCCAUUUAUUGUCAUCCGAUCGAACAUAUUUUCAGCAAUCUAUUGCCACCAUUCCUUGGUGUUAUGAUAAUGGGAAGUCAUGUGGCCACAGCAUGGUUAUGGUUCGCUUUAGCAAUUUUAUCAACUCUUAACGCACAUUCGGGCUACCACUUGCCAUUUUUUCCUAGUCCAGAAGCGCACGACUUUCAUCAUUUGAAAUUUAACAAUUGCUUCGGUGUUCUUGGUGUUCUGGAUCGACUGCACGGAACCGACUCAAUGUUUCGCAAUACACUAGCUUUUCCGCGACACAUUAUGAUGUUGAGUCUCAUACCGCCGAGAGAAGCGUUUCCAGAUCCGCAGAAGAAGCAAAUGUAGUUUAUAUUCCAGUAAAUGGAUUUAUUUUUAAUGAAAAAUAUAUUUGUACUGAUUGUGAUUUUGUGAACUUUUAACUUAAAAAAAAAGAACAAACAAAAACGAAUAAAAACAGACUAGUCAUACCGCCUUUUAGAACGUAGACAA